AUGUUAUCUGAUAGCGAAAGUGAAGAUGAUCCUUUUGGAGGGACGGGUACAGACAGCGACGAAGAUUAUGUGGGGCUAAUAACAAACAUAACUCUAACCUCAAAAGACCACUUUCAACAAACUCGUCUUCAAAUGAUUCUGAUGAGGAAAUUCAAGGCACUGGAACUGACCCUAUCAUGUUGUAAGACGUCCGAAGAUGGAAGUGAUCAAAUACCUGGAAUUCUUGAAAACACGCCACAACGAGGAAAAAAGGGGCUUGUACGUAAACAAUCAUGGAAAAGAAACAUACAAAAAGCUAGAAGAACUAAGGGCAAGCCUUAUAUAAACGUUGCAGGUAUUCAUAAACCUGGAAAACAUAUUGGUAGUAACUGCCACUGUAAACUAAAGUGUUUUGAUGAAAUUGUACAAUAA